AUGACGGCUCCCUACCCUGGAUACGCUCCUUAUCCUCUUCGCGAGCCUUUCGAGUACUUCGUUACCGAUAGGAUGGUUCUUCAUGCUGCUGCUCUCUGUCGCCCUGAUGGCGCGGUCCCUUUCGUCCCUCUCGACACCGAGCUUGCCCCCUUCUACGAGGAUGAGUGUUUUUCCUGGAUCGUGCAUUAUUCCGAUGAUUCCAGGGUCAUGGUGAAAGUCCCGAUCAUGAAUUACGCAGAUGACGAUAAAAACUAUGCCAUCAUCGAAAGGAUGAAAUGUGAAUCUGAGAACCUACUCUUCCUGGCGAGACGGAAUUACCCAUGGUCACCUCGUCUGAUCUACUUCACGGACAAGUUCGAGGGUAGCGCCAUCAAUCAUCCCUACAUGAUCCACACCCUGCCCCCUGGAGAUAGACUGCAAUGGACCAACACAUUCCCAACUGACAAGGCGAGUCGGGAGAAAGUUCUGGGCCAGCUUGCUCAGAUCAUCUUCGAUCUUGUCCUGGUCGAUCAGAAGUUGAAUCUUGCUACCACGCCCCUGGAAUGGUUGAAAGAAGUGAUCGACAAGGAGAUAUUCCGUUCGCUCCGAGGCUUGAACUACGGAUAUCAGAUCAACACUUUUGAUUGCAUGGUCCUUCGAAUCCUCGCCCCCAGACUCUUGGAAGGAAAGACGACCAGCCGGAUCUUUGCUCUCUCACAUGAGAAUAUUGCCGCUCACAAUAUUUUCAUUGACGACAACUUCAACAUCACGGGUCUGCUGGAAUGGGGAGACCUCAAGAGCAUCCCUCUGCGCUUCGCCCUGCGCUUCCCCAAGCUUCUGAUGAUUUUCCAGAAGCAACAAUGCCCAAUCAUGCCGUCCUUCAUGCGCCCAUGGGUCAAGGAGUAUCUGGAGGUCCCAGCCAUCAUGCAAGCCGAUCGAACUCACUUCAUCUCCCGUUUGCAGUACGAAUUCGCAACCCGGGCGACUCCCUUUUCGAUUGGUCAUCUCUCACCAACGGGAUGGGAAAUGAUGUGCUGGGACCUCCACCUCGUGGACUGGAGUCACAUGAUGGUCGAGGCAAUCUUCCACCGGUCGACCCUUUUGAUGAUGGCAAGACACCAAUUCUUCGCAGCUUGCCUUCCUGGGUGCCGGACUGGGAAUAUUGCCACCAUCAUGCCCGACAUGAUGAUCCGCCACGAGGCCUGGCAGUUCUUCUGCGACAACUACCGGUACCUCAACCCAUGGGCGAGGGGAAAUGCAACGAUCAGCAUGAUGCGCCUGGCCAUCGAGAGAGAAAUGCAAUGGAAUUUCACCUUGAUGGCGCUGAUGGAAGCAUUUGGUAGCCACCCGUUCUGGGGAGUCCGAGGCGGUUACCGCCUCUAG